AUGGCGUCAAACAAAAAUCACCUUUAUCAGUAUACCAUCGAACAUGGAAUAAAUCCCAAAGAAUUUUCAAUCAUUACAGAGGCUGAGAAAAAUAGGUGGGCCAUGGGAUGUUUUCGUGGGGAUUUGAAAAGAGAUAUACGCUUCUAUCGUGGUGGAAUAGAAAGAAAAGAAGACCCUAGAAAAUAUUGUAAAUUUUUAAUAGAUCAGGAUAGGCUAAUCGGAGAAGAGUUAUUACGUCACAGUAUAUUAAAGAGUGGUUUAAGUACUAUAUGGCUAGAUGAUCUGAUGAAAGAAUGGGAAGAAAUCCAUACUUAA